CAUGCAAAGCCGAAAUCUACCUUAAUCAAUUUAGUCGCAUUGCUUCUUCAACCAUCGAAGACAGCAAAGGAUAAAGAUCACUACUGCUAGCCAUUAGUACUAAAUUAGCUGCGAUGCUCUCCCGCUGCAACUUUUGCAUAUAGGGGUGCAGCAGCAGUUCCAUAUAUAGACUCGGCCACAGCGCAGCAAACUCACUCCGUCCACUAACCAUGGCCGCCCCUGAGCUCAUCCUCCUGCUCCGAGUUGUGAUCAUCUCCAUGGCAUUGCUCACUACUACUCAGGCUGCGGGUGGCAAUGGCAUCCAGCUGAUCCUGGUGAACAACUGCGCCGAGUCGGUGUGGCCUGGCCUCCUGGGCACCGCGGGCCACCCCACGCCGCAGUCUGGCGGCUUCCACCUGGCCCCCGGCGACGAGACCGCCUUCGACGUGCCCGACGGCUGGUCGGGCCGCGUGUGGCCGCGCCGCGGCUGCUCCUUCGACGCCCGUGGGCGCGGCACCUGCGCCACGGGCGACUGCGGAGGCCUCCUCCGCUGCUCGGGCCGCCCCGGCGCCACCCCGGCGACGGUGGUGGAGAUGACGCUCGGCACGCCGCGGUCCCCGCUGCACUUCUACGACGUGUCCCUGGUGGACGGGUUCAACGCGCCGGUGUCGAUGACCCCCGUGGGCGGCGGCGCCGGGUGCGGCGUGGCCGGGUGCCAGGCGGACCUCAACGUGUGCUGCCCGUCGGCGCUGGAGGUGAGGGACCGAGAGGGCAGGGUGGCCGGGUGCCGGAGCGCGUGCAAGGCCAUGGGAGGGGACAGGUACUGCUGCACGGGGGAGUACGGGUCGCCGGACAAGUGCAGGCCCACCAUCUUCGCGCACGUGUUCAAGGCCAUCUGCCCCAAGGCAUACAGCUACGCCUACGACGACGCCACCGCCCUCAACCGGUGCAAGGCCAGCCGGUACCUCAUCACCUUCUGCCCACCACCAACCUCCCGCAAAUAGCCAUGCAUCACUGCCACUGGGGAGACAUCGAACGAGUUGUCGUUGUAGCCAGACAUCGAAUGCAUGGUUGCAUGCAUGUAUUAUCUCUAUCUCUAUCUCUAUCUGAAUCCAAUCC